AUGGUGGCUGUGGCCCUCUCUGGUACCUUGGGGUCAAUGAUGGCUCUGUUGGCUUUGGCUCAGGUUCUGAAGCCUCUGCCGUUACAAAUGACAUGCUCUGAACCGCCAGGGAAGGUGUACACACGCCUGGACACCGACAUCCGCUCCACUUGUCUGUGGAGAGCUGACCUCUGGCUGUCGUUCGAGCCAACGGUCACGGUUUCUGUCGCAGAGAAGGCGGGAAGACCCCCAGUGUGCUUGUGGUACAACAGAGGUACGGUAUUCCGAAACACGUCCAAAUGGUCGGGUCAGGAGAAGAUGAGCGUGACCUCCGGGAAUAUCGUUACCGUGCGUUGUUUCACAGAUGGCUGCUCCUUGCCCGGCUGUUGGCACCAAAACCUAACAAUCUCCAUCACUGACCAAGACGCAAAGUUUUUUGUCAUUUCACCAUCGCCCCGCGUGUAUCAGUACGAUUUGGUGGUGUUCGCUUGGUGUGCCAAGAUGAAGAGCACAGAUUGGAGAUACAGUUUCUCCAGUUACCUCGGUGGACCCGUGACACUCUUACCGAGUAAUUACUACGUGGAGAUCGAGGACCCCACUUACCCGCCGAGUGUCCGUAACAACUGCUCAGGUUACUACGGUUACAAAGUAACCGUCCGCUACAGCGAGGUCGGCCAGUAUAUGGCUACGCUGCUCGUUCCUGGUGGUUCCCCAGCUGAACUCCGCCUGACUGUAGACGUGGAGCAGGCUCUCCUCCAUGUUUUUAGUGCCGUCUCAAACCAACUCAACCGAACCUCGGAUCUAAGACUCACAUGGACUCUCCUCCCUUUAACCAGCAGAGUGGUGGCCUUUCAGCUUGCAGAUCAAAACAGAGUAGGUUCUUGGGAUCUGACGGUCAACAAGUACGCUGUUGAGACGGAGUUCUGCUCACCUCCGUUGAGCCUUGUUGGAUCUGCACUUGUUAGGAUCCACUUUCUGGUGAAUCAAAGCGACGUAAGAAAGCUUGGGGAUCAAUUUUACUUUACCAAUGGCAUAGCUGGGCUAAGAAACCUUGGUUCUGUGGUUCUGAAUCCUUCCGAAACUCAUAGUAACGUAUAUUAUUUUAGUUGGGAAAACGGACUGUACUACUCUUUUAAGGAAAAUGAAGCCGAGUCUGGAUCCAGCGCCUAUUUUAUAAUCUAUCAAGAAGGAGGUCUGAAUUUCCUCUUCCACAUCACAUUAGUGGGAUCACAGACGUACACUCUUGCGGCACAUAUGUAUCUAAACCGAAGGAAUGCGUUGUAUCGAUCGCUGUCGGAUAUGGAGCUAGAGGUUCAUUUUUUCAAUAGCGGUUCUUCGCCGCUGUUCACCCCCAUCUACGUCGUAUGGUUUGUCCCAUUGCAACACCCAUUGUUGCAAUGCGAGUGGACGUUUAUUUUGGAACUGUACGGCGCAAAGAAAUCAUACCUGUUUAAGAACACGACGUAUACCUAUGGAGAUUACGUCACAAAUGCUGCAGCCUACAUCCCCAAUUCUAAAUUAGAAUUUGAUGUGAAACUUUAUGCAGGGUUUGUAGCCAAAGUAAAUUUUACCAAAAGUGGCUUAAAGCCGGUUAUUUUAAAGGCAACUGUCGGCUCCUACGCCAGAAAAGUAUUUGAGACGUCAGUUUAUUGUUACAAAAUGCCUUGUGAUAUUCUUGCAUUUAGCAUCGCAAAACCUACCUUCCCGUCCUCUGUAAUAAGAACUACGAAAGGGUCCCGUUUAUCGGUUUCUGUAUCCAUACAAAUUAAUUGUUCCGCGUCGCAAGGAAUAAAUAUGCUGUGGAGAAUAUACCGGGUUUCCAAUGAAUAUGAUAUUCCUGCAUGGGACGAUUACAUCGACUUGCCCCAGGUGUCACCCGUAAAUCAGAGCACCGUUGAAAUUCCAAAAUUUGCUUUGGAUUAUGGUUUCUAUCUAUUCAACGUCUCCAUUGAUAUUGCUACGGCUGAUGAUGAAGACGCUUCUCGAUUCAAGUCGGAUUCUGUCGUGGUUGUUGUAGAAGAGAGCGACCUUGUAGCCAUUAUUGCUGGUGGAUCCUUCAGAACUGUUGGUUUCAGUGACUCGUGGACUCUUAAUGGAAGUCCUUCAUUCGAUCCAGACUCACCUGACCCCUUGCAAGGGCUAUUUUUUACAUGGUACUGUACAAAGAACUUCUCCGACUAUAUUUUAAUGAGGGUAAGUCAAAAUGCAACCUGCCACCCAAAUCAAACGGAUUUAACGUGGAUAACCCCAGAUGCCAUGAUGCAAACUAUGGAACCGGAGUCACUCCAGGGCAACAGAAAUUACUAUUUCCGUUUAGUAAUUAGUAAGAGGAACAAAACUGGAUAUUUUGACCAGACUGUUCUUGUCGCACCCGGACGCCCCCCUCUUGUAAGCGUUGUGUGCAUUGAAAAUUGUCUUAGAAUUUUAAUCCCAACAGACAGAUUUUCCUUAUCAGGAAAAUGUAUGGAUUGUAGCAAAACCAGUCGACCCGAAUAUGAAUGGUCCCUGUAUCAGAAGACGGCUGAGGUAGACCUUGACUGGGCAUCUAAAACAACAACUGGGAGGCAUAUUGCUUACUUGUCUAUUAUUGCCAAAGCAUUUCUGGGGAUUGCCGAUAAGUGGUAUACUCUAGUUCUCAAGGUCACAACAUGGACUGGCGCCCCUUCUGUUUAUAAAUACUCAUUUUACGUUAAUUCUCCUCCUAAGUAUGGGAAGUGUCAUUUAAGACCAUCUCUCAUUGCAACAUUUGGCUCUAAGCUUACAAUCAAUUGUAGCGGAUUCCACGACAGAAAUUUACCACUUAGCUACAAAGUCAUAGCGGCCUUAAAUAGGACAACGUUCGUUAGUUCCCUGCGUGAAAAUUCAUUAGGUUCGGUUGUUUACUAUGGAUACGAACCUUCAAUCCAGCUUUCUUUACUUCCCGUCAGCUUACAUAGUCAAGCCUAUUUAAAACUGUAUGUUCAGGUAUACGAUUCACUGUCUUCUUAUACGCAAAUCGUAUUGUUUGCCAACAUUCAGGAUUCCAAUCAUACCCAACCCAAAGAGGUAAUUCAUAAGCUAUUCAUGCUGUCCAAUGGGUCGAACUCUCCGAUGAAUGUUUUUCUUGAAACGGGUGAUUUCAUAAAAGCGGGACACCUAAUGUGUAUGAUAGCAUCUCUGUUAAAUAAUUUAAUUUCCGAAGAUUUUAUCGCUCCCAUUGAAGAUGAUAAAACUAAAUUACGAGAGAGCCUCUUGACUAUGUCAUCUUCCAUGGCAGUUACUAACGUCAUGAGUAUUAAUCAGAUAAUUACAAGCAUCAGUGAACUCACUCAAGUCAAAAAGGAGAUAAGUCUCAAGUCUCAACAGCUCUCGGUGGAGAAGUUGGCCGAAGCUGCUGCUUCUGUAAAUAAGUACAGAAAAGAAACGCUUGGUUCUGUUGAGAGUGAAAGGUUAAGCAGUGGAAUUCUCACCUCGUUAUCCAACCUGAUAGGUGCGUCACUUUUAAAUAUUCCCGCGCAGGCAACGGACGUCCCAGCGCAUACGGUGGACGUACCGCAAAAAAUUCUGUCCGUAGCAGAGACCGUGACGGACGUCGUAUCCGUUGGUAAAGUGCCUGGCGAAAAUGACACCGUGAUGGAAUCAAAGAAUUUUAAGAUUACUCUGAAGAAAGAAGAAAGGUGGGAUCUUGUAGAUUCAUACAACAGGAGGCUGGACUGCCUUAGUUGUUUCUUUCCGGUGUUACAGAAUAAAACAUCCGUUAUGCCCGUCGACGCCGUAGUGGACGCUGCGUUUUAUGAGUUUAAAGUGGACCCGUUACCUUGGUUGAACAAUGGAAGAGAAAUCGAUACAGUGGUGACCGGGUUCUAUAUGGCAUCGGCCAGAGGCGAUGGCCGUGUGAUUAAUAUAGUCCCAGAAAUAAUAGAUAUAACUAUGGAAAGAAAAAGUGAAGUACCCAUUUUUGAUAUUUCUGUUUCACCGGAUGUUGAGAAAACUACAAGUGGUGUGUUUUCCUUUGAGAUUAAUCUUACUUCCAAAGCAGAGUGGUUUGUACAGUUUUUUUAUACGAAAGAUAUAACAUUUAAUGUUUCUGUACAUAUUGGGGAGAACAUGACAGAUAACCCCUCGAUUGCAUUAUUCAGCAUCGGUAAUGGAGAGACAGGUCAAUCAAAAACAAAAGAGAGUGUCUUAAGGACUUGGAAUCCCAAGAUCAUUCGCAUCCCUACGGAGUCCAUUCCUAUGGAGAACAGCCUUAAUCUUUCAGUAGAAAUGACUACCAGCUAUAUUGUUUGGAAGAAAACGCCAUUGCUUAGAGCCUCUAUCUACAACGUUGCUUGCUUGGACUUCGAAGAAGGAGAAAAUUGGAAUGAAGCUAAUUGCAAAGCAGGGCCCCUUACAGAUAAUAAAAGGGUCCACUGUGUAUGCCAAGGAUUCCCAAAAGCUCAGAAAAGAAGCUUUACUUUUCUAAAGAAAAAACAUAUAUUUUUAGCAGCGAGGGUAUUUGUCAGCCCUAACCCAAUAGAUCUCACCAAAGCUACGUUUAGAGACUUGCGUAAAAAUUUUGCGACCCUCGUCACCGUUCUUGUAAUGUUUACUCUUUACGCUGCGUUGGGCUUCUGGGCAAACAAAUGGGAUAAGAGUGACGUGACAAGCAAACAAAAAGUUAUAGUCUUGCAAGACAAUGAUCCGUAUGAUACCGAGAGCUAUAUAGUGUCGAUUUACACCGGUAGUCGUUUGGGAUCUGGCACGACGGCAGAUGUCUAUUUAAAAAUCAUUGGUAAAAAUCUCGACAGCGAUGUACAUCUUUUAAGAUAUCCAGGACAAAAACCCUUCUCGGCAGGGAGGAUCGAUAACUUUUUAAUAACAACUAAACAGGAUUUAGGAGAUAUCUGUUACAUCAGAAUAUGGCACAAUAACUCUGGGAAUUCUCCUGGCUGGUACUUAAGCAGAGUAAGAAUAGAGCGUUUGCAUACGGAACGCGUUUGGUAUUUUAUGUGUCGAAAGUGGUUUGAUAUCGAGAAGGGCGAUGGAAAAAUAGAUAGGUUUUUUUUUCAGGCCGACUUAGAGAAACCGUUAGCAAAAAUUGACUUUCUCUUAAUAAAUUUAUCUUGGAAAUUAUACGAGGAGCAUUCGUGGCUGGCUGUUUUUGCCCCCGCACUAUCCGAUUCUGUCACUAGAUUCCAAAGGCUCUCUUGUUGUUUUGUGAUCCUCAUGAGCGAUUUGCUAGUCAACAUGGCCUUUUUCGGCGCAGAGGAGGAUGAAGCCGAAGGCGAAGAUCUACAAUUUAUUCAAUCACUAAUUAUAGGAAUCCAGAGCUCGUUAAUAACAAUACCCGUUGAAUUAUUUGUACAAGGGUUGUUCAAAAGUCCACAGGAUCAAUGUUCAACAUCUAGCAUUUCAGAGAGUCAUGGGUUCCGAGACAGUUUGCAUGCGCCGGCCGUGGGUCGGAGGAAAGAUUUGGAAACAGAGACAGAUUCUUUGCCUAACUCUUAUAAGUCACAAAGAAUACAGCGUAGCAACUGUUUUAUACCCGAUGAGUGGGCUAAUGAAAGCGUGACAGUAAGGUGUAUGUAUCAAAAAUAUAGAAAAGACCGCUGCAAAAAGUGUGACGCCAAGAAGAUCUCAAAAAGGAAAAAACAUCAUCCUUGCAAAUCAAAAAGAGUACAGAAACACAACAGUGCGUCCCCCAGCUCAUUUGCUAAUCAAAUUGGCACAAUAAGACGGGUCGAUCGGAAAUCUAGAACAGCCUUUUCUAGAAAAAGAAGUCGCAAGCCUGAUAAAUGUGCCAACCCUGAAAAAUUGACGAAUCAAAAUGCCUCGUUAAUAAGCAUUGAUUGGGAAUCUAGAACAGAUAUCUCUAGAAAGUGUAACCCCAAGGAGAUCCCCGGAGCUGGCAUAUUUCCUCAUCGCAAGCCACAAAUAAUUCCGCAUAAAGAUUGUGUUAUCCAUGAAGAAUUGACUAAUACAAAUCCCACAUUAAGAUGUAUCGACGGGGAAUCUGGAAAAGAAACCUCCGGAAAAAGUAAAUCUGCGAAGGUCUCGGAAAGAGAAACACUUCAACGUCGCGAAUCGCAAACCGUGCCUGCGGGAUCCGUAGAUCCAAAACCUAGAACAGACAUCUGUAGAAAAACAAAAUCCCAGAUCAUCCCAACGGGAAAGACAUUCCAACUUAACUUUAAACAAACUGCGGUUGGACAGAGACUGUCCAUUGUUCUUCGUCGCUGGGGCGUUCACAUGGCCUGGAUUUUAGUCAUCGUAGUAUGGAGUGUGUCAGCGUGUUGUAUUGUCUUGUACGGUCUGUCAUACGGCACCAACAAGUCUAGAUCGUGGCUGUUUGCGUCAGUGACAUCAUUUGUUCAGAGUGUCUUCGUUGUGCAAAUUGCCCAAAUUGUACUCACGUCCGCCUUCCACUCGUGUCGCACCAAAUAUUGCCACGACAUCACGUGGUCGGGUAAAUGCGCUUUCGAGAUCCCUUUAGAUAAUAUUCCCAAAAAUGAAGAGCGCGACAAAGAGUUACACUACAAGCUGAAAGCUCUCAGGAACAGGGUCCAAUAUCAGCCUCCAAAACCGGAGGACAUAAUAUUAGCUAAGACGCGAUGCGCGAUAAAAAGGAAAGCUUACGUCUUUUGCGUUCAGAUGAUUAUUCGUCUUGUAUUUCUGUCGGUGGUGCUGGGUUUUUGCUAUUCUAACCACGACGUUAACCUUUUUCAUCACAGUCGGGCUGCGUACAAGCAGUUUUCACGGAAUCUAGAAAACGUUGAUAGGCUGAACCGUAUAUACGCUUGGACGAGCAAAGUAUUAGUGCCCUUGAUUCACGACGACAAACAGCCGACUUUUCUUGGCGGGAGCUGGUCGAAGAUCAUCGGGUUGCCCAGGAUCAGACGAGUAAAAAACACGUAUUGCUACGGCAACGACACCGGUGUACGUGGUUUGCUUAUUGGAAAAGAAUCGUGUGCUCCGGAGCCUGCGAUUGGUCCACCAAAGAAAAACGAGAGUAACGCGUAUAACCCCAGCGAAUACGAUGGAUUCACCUUUGAGGACGGUAUCCCCCACUGGAAUUACUCAUUGCCGGGGGCUGCGUUUGGGACAGCGGGGUACCCGGUGUAUUUAUUUCCAGACAAGCCCCGAGACCAUUCCUUAAAGAAAAUCCGGGAUCUGGAAGAAGCGAACUGGCUUAACGAAGAGACGCAAGCCGUCGUCGUAGAACUAGCCACGUUUAACGUUUACUUGCGUUUAUUUUGCACAAUAACGGUGGGCUUCCAAGUCUCCAGCGUGGGGCUAGUCAAUCAAGAGUUAUCGGUGCGUUCUUUCACGUUACCGACGAUUCACGAUGCGAGAGCUGCGGAUCUACUUAUCGGUUCGCUUUUUUUUGCUUUUACUUUUGUGUAUAUCGCAGAGGAAAUUUACCGAAUGUGUGCAGAGAAGAAAAAGUAUUUAUGUAUUUCCAAAGGACUUAAUCUGGUGUUCAAAUGCUCGUUGUUACUGGCUUGCGCGUUGUAUCUGGCUAAAUUUAUUCUGAGUGCACACUUGCUUCACCUUUACUCGCAUCAUCCCAAACAGUUCAUCCCCCUUUAUGUGGCUUCUAAAGUCGAUGCGACAUUUAGGAACACGCUGGGCUUUUUGGCAUUUUGCACCACACUGAAGACCCUGAAAUACGUCGGCUUGCUUUACGACGUACAAUUAGCGCACAGGUCUUUAACGGCGGCUGCAUCAGCCAUUUGCCCAUUGGGGUUUGUGGUUGGCGUAUGCUUCGUCGCAUACUCUUCCUUCAGCUGUUUAGUAUUUGGGCGACACGAAUGGGAAUUUCAUUCAUUUGUAAAUUCUGUCCAGACGGUAUUUUCAAGCAACGUCCUCGUCGGAGGCUUCUACUUCUCUUUGUUUGUGCUGGUAACGGCCUGUAUCCUCAUACGUUUAUUCCAAGCUAUCGUCUUAUCCUCUUAUGAAACCAGCAAACAAUCUACGUCCGAGGAAGCGGUGGAGAACGCCAAAGUCGUUGCCUUUUUAAAGAAUUCCUUCUGGGCUUUCUUAUCCGGAAGACACCCCGGGAAGGAUGAACGAGACAUCUUAUACGCUGACUCCCAGGAUCAAAAUGAAAAUUCAAUACGUAUUAGAGAUUAG